AUGGAGGCCUUUCGAUUGCCGCGCAGGUCGCGACCCGCGCCGUCGGCGAGUUCCCGUCAGAACUCGCCGCCCGGGCAGCAGGACGACGGCGUUCUGUUUGUCUCCAAGGGCGUGCGGUACUACUCGCCCGCGCUCUUCCACGCCGCCCCAGCCAUCAGAAGAGCGCCGUUUCCGAUGCUGAUAUGCGACGUCCUGAAACUGCGCGAUUGCAGGCGGGUCUACAAGAACGAGGGCUACGCUCCGGCGAGCCAGAACAUACUGAUGCUAGGCAACCAUCCCGUGCAGAAGAUCGUUGUUCAGGGGAAGGUGGUUGGGGAGCGGUGGCACGAGAUGUCGCAGGACAGGUUCUUCAUGUUUCUGGAGAUCUCCGACGGGACGGCCGAAAACGCUCUCACGGUCAAGAUGCAGAGCCAGCUGUACCACCAGCGGCUGAUCGGGUUUGAGAAGAACAACAAUCUGCUGGUACAGGUCCGAGGAGUGGCCAGUGUCUAUAACGACCUGGUCGAGAUCCACGCCGACUGGCUCGACGUGGUGGGCGACAAGCGUGACAUGGGCGCUGAAAUGGACUGGUGGGACAGGGCGCUGAGCAUGAAGGCCGAGGUUCUGGAGGAUCCUUGGGAGUUCCAUGGUGAUGUUUGCGAGGAGAAGAAGAAGGCCCGGAAUGCGCUCAAAGAGUGGGAAGAGGAAGACGAGAGGCCUGUGCUGCAGCCGGAGCGCAAAGAGGCGUCCGGAAAGCGGCAUGCUCUGGCAAAUGUCCCUGCCAGAGAGGAGUCCGCGAGAGAAGCAGACGUUGCUGCUGAUGUACAGCCUGCAGACUCUGGAGAGCACGAUUCGGACAAGUCUGGCUACGCGACGGCCACAGAGAUUGAGGAGAGCGACGAGUCGGAUGACGUUUACGAGGACACGCAAGAGGAGCCGCGGCCGGCUAUGAUAGAGGAAACGGCGGAGGAUUCGAGCGCUGACGGGGAGGCGGGACAGCGUGAGAAAAAAAGACGAAAAAAGACACCCGAGAAGGUGUCCGAGGAAAUACCACCAGAAGCAGCAGCAGCACAGAAAGCGCGGCAGACGGAAAAAUACGCCCGUGCCAGUGCCCAGUUCCUGCUGCCGCCGCCCGCGUUCGUGGGAACACGGGUCUCCGUCUCGCUGCUCAGCCAGUUCGAAGACGACCAGGAUUCCAUGGAAAAAGAAAUACUGCGGUUCUGUUUGCACACGGACGACAGCAAGUUCAGUCUGGACCGACUGAUGGCAGACAGAUCUGUGGCUCUCGCCGUGUACCAGGCUAUUCUCAGGACCCGAGCAGAGCAGGACUUCGAGCCGCUUCACAGCGCACUGGACGAGCACUCGUUCAAGCUGUUUUUCCACGCGGCGCGGAAGUCGCUGUGCCACACGAGGCUUGUCAAACUCACCAAGUCCUCCAACAUAGAGACCGGUAGCCUGAAAAAUGUCCAGGGGUACUUUGCGAACCUGGUCAACCAUGUGAUGCACCAGGUGGAGAUAGCCGUGCAGGAGCUGAAGGACGGCUCAGAGAGCGUCGACGAGCUUUACGAAAACAUGGUGCAGUUCUACCACACACGGCUGGGGCGGUUUGUGCUGACGUCGCGGUCGAUGAUCGGCAAAGUGAAGGACAAGUUCGCGGUAAGCGUCUCGCCCCCCGUCAUCCGCCAGAUCAUGGCGCACGCGAUCUGUGCUGCCGAGACAGACCGCUCAAUUGAGCUGGAAGACGGGGCCCAGGUCAUUUUCACGUGGUAUUAUCUUGUCAAACACUGCCAUUACAUGUAUCUUCCGGAAAUCGUACGUAGUGGAAAAUAG